CGGAGCGUGGGAUGCUCUGAUUCGGCGCGGAGUCGCGGACUUCUUGCAAAGGUCCCGCACUUGAGUGGCUGGCGGGGCCGGGAUGGGAUGGGGCUUGGGAAGGAUCUCCUGAGCAUCUUGCCGCCCGGUGCCCAGACGGGAGGAGAGGACGCCGGAGCCCGUGGUCCGCGCGAGGUUUGUAGUCCCGGUGAGGCGGAGCGCGAUCCCUCUCUUGGGGCUACUUAGGCGCCCGUGAAGGAAGGGGGUUCCCCGGGCGCUCGUGGGAACACCCGCGGGUUGCUUCUUAGGGGAGCAGCCUGCCGUUAGAUCCGCAGGAGGCAGCGCCGGGGAUUGCAUGGCAUGUCCACGGCAAGGCUCCUGGACGCCUUUCGCCGCAGCGUGGCCAAGAUGGGACAUUCAACAGGGAGCAUCAGGUGAACGUGGUUUUCUGAAGAAACAGCAGAUUCCCUCUAUUCUGUUCCCAAGGAAAGGAACUGUGGUCGUGUCUUCUCUCUCUGCAGAGAAGAGCUGCACAGGGCAAUGAAGUCGUUUCCACAAUAGGCUCAGGAAGAUGCUGUGGGUACCAGAGUUCCUUCAGCUCCUGCUCUUGCUGGAAACGGGACUGAUAAGUAGAGGCACGGAACUGUGCCCUUCGUCCCUCUGCGACUGCUCGGAUUGGGACCGCUUCAAAGUCACCUGCAGAGAGAUAUAUUUCAUCCCCAACCUCCCACGGGGCACCAAGACUUUGAGGUUUAUGGAAACCCAUUUGAGAAUAAUUCCUACAGAAGCAUUCUCCAAUCUUCCCAACAUCUCCAGGAUCUAUAUCACCAUAGAUGCAGUGCUGCAGAUGCUGGAGGCUCAUUCUUUCAGAAAUCUAAACAAAGUCACACACAUAGAAAUCAGAAAUGCCAGAAACCUACAAUACAUAGAUCCCGAAGCCUUCAUGAAUCUCCCGUUGCUGAAAUACCUUGUGAUCAUGAACACUGGACUCAGAGUUUUCCCUGACCUCACGAAGAUCAACUCAGUGACAGCAGAUAUGAACUUUUUGCUUGAAAUGGCUGAUAAUCCAUACAUGAUUUCGGUGCCUGCAAACGCAUUCCGUGGGCUAUGCAACGAAUCCCUUAGCCUGAAGCUGUACAACAAUGGGUUCACAAAGGUUGACUCCCAUGCCUUCAAUGGAACAAAGUUAGAUUCUGUGUAUCUGAAUAAGAACAAAUAUCUGAGAGUUAUUGAUGAAGAUGCUUUUUUGGGUGUGCAGAGCGGUCCAAGCCUACUCGAUGUCUCCCAGACAGGCAUCACCACUCUUCCAGCAAGAGGACUGGAAAACCUUAAAGAACUGAUGGCUAAAAAUACCUGGGCCCUAAAGAAAUUCCCCCCUAUACAGACUUUUCCUUAUCUUGCUAAUGCUGAGCUGUCAUACCAAAGUCACUGCUGUGCUUUCAAGAACUGGAAGAAAGCCAAGGGACUGCUGGAGUCACUGUUCUGCAACCAUACUAAUACUCACAACAUCCGCAAGAGAAGAUCUGCCACUGCCUUCAGGGGCCCCUUUUACCAAGACUACGCAGAAGAUUAUUCAGACCUCACCGAAGCCGUGUAUGACGAGAACUCCAAAUUCAGUAGAGAUGUUCGUGGGAAUUCUCAUUACUUUGUCUUUCUUGAAGAGCACGACAACAAAGAGGUUGGGUUUGGCCAGGAGCUCAAGAACCCUCAAGAUGAGAGCAUGCCAACAUUUGACAGCCAUUAUGACUACAUUAUCUGUGCGGGCACAGACGACAUCAGCUGCACGCCAGGACCUGACGAGUUCAACCCUUGCGAAGACAUCAUGGGCUACAAGUUUCUGAGGGUCGUGGUGUGGUUUGUGAACCUGCUAGCCAUUGUGGGCAAUGUUUUUGUCCUCUUCAUUCUCCUCACCAGCCAUUACAAGUUGACCGUCCCACGAUUCCUGAUGUGCAACUUGGCCUUUGCUGAUUUCUGUAUGGGAUUAUACCUUCUCCUGAUCGCUUCGGUGGAUCUUUACACUCGAUCAGAAUACUACAACCAUGCUAUUGACUGGCAGACUGGGCCCGGCUGCAGCACAGCGGGCUUCUUCACUGUCUUUGCCAGUGAGUUGUCUGUCUUCACCUUGACCGCAAUCACCCUGGAACGCUGGUAUGCCAUCACCUUUGCGAUGCGCUUGGACAAGAAAAUCCGCCUCUUGCAUGCUUCUGUUAUCAUGUUGGGUGGCUGGCUGGUGUGUUUCCUUCUUGCCCUUUUACCACUGGUUGGAGUCAGCAGCUACGGCAAAGUCAGUAUCUGCCUUCCCAUGGAUACCGAAACGCCCUUGGGUCAAGCCUACGUCAUCAUUGUUUUGAUGCUGAACAUCAUUGCUUUCAUCGUCAUUUGUGCCUGCUACAUAAAGAUCUACAUCACUGUGCGGAAUCCCCAGUACAAAUCAGGAGACAAAGACACCAUCAUUGCCAAAAGGAUGGCCGUGCUGAUUUUUACUGACUUCUUAUGUGUGGCACCAAUCUCAUUCUAUGCUUUAUCUGCCAUUAUGAACAAACCUCUAAUAACAGUCAGCAACUCGAAAAUCCUGCUGGUCCUGUUCUAUCCUCUGAACUCUUGUGCCAACCCGUUCUUGUAUGCUAUCUUUACCAAAGCUUUCCGAAGGGAUGUCUUCAUCUUGCUCAGCAAGUUUGGAUUAUGCGAGCACCAGGCUCAAGUCUACAGGGGUCAAACAGUCUCCCCCAAAAACAGCAGCGGCUCUUGCAGCCAGAAGGGCAACAGGGGGAUGGGCCAGAAUCUCACAAACCUUCCUCAUAGCUCACCUGAAGACUACCAUCCUGCAAUACUGCUGCAGUCUCGGGGAACCCUGGCUUAAUCUGGAUCGCCUAAUUGUCAGAUCAGUAAUAGUAAAUUUCUUAACCCUGCGCUACGGUCGGUACCAUUUACUGUCCAAUUAUGCAGCUGCUUGACCGCUGUAAAAUAAUAAUAAUUUAUUUAUAUCCCAUUCUUCUACCUAAAGUACCCAGAGGGGCAUGCAACAUUUUCAUAAAAACCUUACAAUCAA